AUGUCUUUCAAUCAACCAGGCGUUCCGUUGAAAAUCACAGUCAUCGGUGGUGGGAUAGCCGGUCUUUCAGCAGCAAUAGCGCUCACAGACGUAAACCCCGAUCACCGGGUUACAGUCCUAGAAACAAACGCCUCCCUUAGCGAGCUCGGCGCCGGACUGCAGCUCUUCGCGAACAGCACUCGCAUCCUACACAAAUGGGGCCUUACACCGGCCCUGGAAAAAGUCGCCUUUCAAUCCUCUCACUUGUCUAUUCGUCGCUGGGAAGAUAAUGCAGAACUGUCCUUCAACAUGAACAACCCUCCUAGCACAUGGCUCUACGGCUGGCCCCAAUGGCAGAUCUACCGACCAGACCUGCAGAAAGCGCUCUUUGACCGGGUGAAACAGCUGCCCAAUGUGUCUGUUUUAUUUGCCGAGUCCGUUAAAUCCGUGGACCAUGAGACCGGUACCAUCUAUACGGUAGACGGAGAGCUCUUCGAGUCCGAUCUUACGGUCGCAGCAGAUGGGAUCUGGUCUCGAGCCAGGCGAUGCUUGCCGGCGUCAAAGGAUGUGUCCCCAAUAGCUUAUCGGGAACAUAACUACCGUGCUGUGAUCCCACGGUCGCGAAUGCUCUCUAACCCUAUUACAGCACCAUUUAUAGCCUCCCCAGAAGCGAAAUUAUGGGUAGGGCCUGGCGUGUUUGUAUUGGGGUAUACGGUUGCCUCAAAGGAGUUGUAUAAUCUUGUUGUUGGUGUCCCGCGGCCGAGUGAAGGGGUGCCUGUCGGGUCUUGGAAUCACCCUGCCAACCUUGAGACGAUGCGCGGGCUUGUAUCCGAGUGGUGUCAGGAAGUUCGAGCGCUGGCUUCUCUUGUUCAAGAGGACUGCGUUUCCUGGACCUUAGGCGAGGUACCUCCUAUUCCCAGCUAUGUUAGUAUAUCUGGGAGAGUAGCGCUCGUUGGCGAUGCGGCGCAUGCUCUUCUUCCUCAUGCUGCACAGGGGGCUGGAAUGGCGAUAGAGGAUUCAGCGAGUUUGGCGGAGUUUCUGGGACAUCUGAAUUCGAGAGAGGAUCUGUCCAAGGUGAUGGGUGCUUGGAGCCAGUUUAGACAGGCUCGCGUGGAUAAUCUACGCAGCAUCAGCCGUGGCACAGCCAGUGACAUGACGCUUCCGGAUGGAGAAUCUCAGAUUGCACGAGAUGUGAAAUGGAACGUUAUUCGCGAUAAGCAGCGGGAACAGUGGGCUGAGCUUGGACUUGAGAAGGUUAGAGAGAAGAUGAUCCGGGAGAGACCCACGCCAGAUCCAACUUGUAAGAGCACGUUAGAGCCAGGUGGUAGAAUGUGGGUCAAUGGAUAUGAUGUGAUCGAGGAAAGUAGGAGGUUCUGUCGCGAGCAUCUGGGACGGCAAUGA